AUGAAGCGAAUUCUCCAGUUCCUAGUGUUCUGUGCGGCCGUGUGUAUUGGUACAAGUGUGCGUAAUCGUGAUGAUCAGAAAUAUACCAAUCAUUUAGCGUAUGGUGUGCUGGUAUAUGGAAUGGAAUUGAUCCUGACUAAGUUCGAAGUUGUAAUGGGCAAGCUGCAAAAAAUGGAAGACAAGUUGCUGCAAACGGAAAAUAAAUUACAGAAAUUAGAGAACCAGAUCAACGAACAUCGAUCGACUUUGCAAUCUGAACUGUUUACCGCGUUUGGAAAACUGGAAAAUCAAGUCGUGUUUAAUUUAAGUGAGCUCCAAUAUCGAAACCAGGAGAAGAUCGAUGUAGCGAUACAUAAACUCGAACGAGACUUAGGUCGAGUAUUGCAUAACCAGGAUCGUCAAAGCACUUUCUCCUCGUGCAAGGCUGUAACAUCGAAUAUCUCGGACACCUAUCUGAUCCGUUUGAAGAGGAAUAGUCAAGCAUUCAAAGUGUAUUGUGAACAGAAUGCUUUCGGUGGUGGAUGGAUCGUGAUCCAGCACCGUUACGAUGGUUCAUUGGACUUCUACCGUGGAUGGAAUGAGUUCCGCGAUGGAUUUGGUGAUGUAGAGAAAGAGUUUUGGUUGGGUUUGGAGAUAGUCCAUAAGCUAACAAAGGCCCGUAAGCAUGAACUGAUCGUCGAAUUGAAGGACCUUAGUGGAAACUACGCAUACGCGCGAUAUGAUGCAUUCGAAAUAGGGAGUGAGGAUGAAGAUUAUGCCUUGAAGGAUCUUGGAGCAUAUAAUGGAACUGCUGGUGAAUCAAUGUCGAAUAAUAAGGAUGAGAAGUUCUCAACGAAAGAUCGCGAUAAUGACCAGAGCAGCUAUGGACAAUGCGCUCAUGAACGUGAAGGCGCCUGGUGGCACUUUCAGUGCACUUUUGCGAAUUUAAACGGGCGGUACAUGGACGCUGACGAUGAUAAAUCAAUGUACUGGGAUGAUAUGAAAGAGCGGAAAAAAAUGAUUUACUCAAGAAUGAUGAUACGUGAGGUGGAAUAA